UAAUUAAAUUUUUAUUUAGUUAUUAUUUUUUUACAGAUGUUCUUGAGUUAGAAUGGAAUUUUGGGCAUCUGAGAUCUAUUAAGAAAGUCCUCCAAUUAUUCCACACGCCUUGAGAGACUCCUCCUUAAACUUAUCAAAUCUCCACUUUGGCUCAACUUUUCAUCGCCAUUGACCGAUCAAUCAGUGCCAAAUUCAUGCAAGGAGUAGCACUGGUUUUCGGCAUUGAGGAGGGCAUUGACUGCUGAUAACAAUGGCUUCAAAUGUAGAAGAAAAAGGAGGAGCUUCGUCUUCAUAUGUGGCAUGCAGUCCAAGGAACUCCAUGACUAGGAGGUCUCACUCAUUGAAGAAAAAUCAGGAUGGAGACUUUGUGAUGGAUUCUCCAAAACAGGGGUAUUCUGCAUUUGCAGAGAAUGAAUGUGGGGACUGUGCAUCUGAGGCAUUCAGUGCCCUCCACUUCAUUACUCGUUUCAGUCAUAAGAAAAGCAGCAUGAGGCACCAGUUCUUUUGCUUCUUCAUUAUGCUGGUGGCGUUUUUUGUUCUGGUCAAAGUGGUCGCUGUUGGGUGGCUUGGAUCUCAGAUCGAACAGCAAACAGGAUUCAAGGAUAUAACAAGGAGCAUUUUAGUUUUAGAGCCAUUUAAAAAUCUUGAGAGAGAUGCUCAGCACCUUUCAGAGGAAAACGAGCACAGGCGUUUGAGUUGGGAAAUGCCACUAGAUAAACCUGUAGCUGUACAGGAAAGCGAUAAAGAAAUUCAGGGCGAUAAAGAAAUUCAGGAUUCCAAAAUCUGGUUAAAUUCAAAACCUGCUAACCUGGAGCAAUGUGUUGAGCGAUCAAAAAGUUAUAAGAAGCUUGAGGGUGCCACAAACGGCUAUAUAUUGGUCCAUGCAAAUGGUGGUUUAAAUCAAAUGCGAACUGGGAUCUGUGAUAUGGUUGCUGUGGCAAGAAUCAUGAAUGCAACUCUUGUUCUUCCUUCUCUUGAUCAUACAUCUUUCUGGACUGAUCCAAGUGACUUUGAAGAUAUAUUUGAUUGGCACCAUUUUACUAAAACUUUGAAAGAUGAUGUACGAAUAGUAAAAUCUCUACCAGCAGCUUAUGCGAAAAUUGAACCUUUGCAGAAAGCUCCUGUAUCAUGGUCAAAGCACACUUACUACAAGGAGGAAGUACUCCCCUUGUUGAAAAAGCUCAAGGUUAUGCACUUUACUCAUACAGAUUCCCGACUAGCAAACAAUGGCCUCCCUAAUUCCAUACAAAAACUAAGAUGCCGUACAAAUUAUCAUGCCCUGAGAUAUACAAAACCCAUCGAGGAGCUUGGAAAGAACUUGGUGGCUAGGAUGAGGAAGAAUGGGAAUCCUUACAUCGCCCUUCAUUUAAGAUAUGAGAAGGACAUGCUAGCAUUCACUGGCUGUGCACACAGUCUUACAUUGGAGGAAGCAAAGGAGCUCAGUGAAAUGCGAUAUAGUGUAAAACACUGGAAGGAGAAAGAAAUUGAUGGUGAGGAAAAGCGUAAGGAAGGCGGAUGCCCUAUGACUCCCCGUGAGACCGCUCUUUUCUUGAAAGCACUGGGCUACUCAUCAAAGACCAAUAUAUAUGUUGCAGCAGGGGAGAUUUAUGGCAAUGGGAGCAUGCAAGGUUUGCAAGAUGAGUUUCCAAAUGUAUUUACACACUCAACUCUUGCUACAGAAGAGGAACUUGAACCUCUUAAGAAAUACCAGAAUAGACUUGCUGCAUUGGACUAUAUUUUAGCCCUGGAAAGUGAUGUGUUUGUGUAUACUUAUGAUGGAAACAUGGCAAAGGCUGUUCAGGGUCAUAGACGGUUUGAAGGUUUCAGGAAAACAAUUAUUCCAGAUAGGCAGAAUCUGGUAAAAUUGAUUGAUGAAUUGGAUCAAGAAGAGAUUUCAUGGGAUACUUUUUCAUUGAAAGUGAAGGAUCUUCAUACUGACAGAGAUGGAUCUCCUUCACCAAGAGAAGCCGGCGAUUUCCCAAGACUGGAGGAGAACUUCUAUGCUAAUCCUUACCCAGGUUGUAUAUGUGAAAAGCAGGAAAAAAUUCGGAAACUUCUCAAUCAUUAGGUGAAGCAUACGCAUUGGUGUAAGUAAUUAUUGGAGUCCAAACCACCUCAAUCCUCUUCAAUAAAACGAUGAAGUGAUUUUGGUCUCGUGGUUAGCAUGGGUGAUUUGCCAUUGGGUAGUCACAAAUUCAUUGAAGUCAUCAAGAGCACGAAAAACAGAACAGCUGGUGACCAAUUUUACCCAUGUACAGUAGUAGCCAGGCUUCAAUCACCUUGGGAGCUCAGCUAACCAUAAUUUGCUUAUAAUAAACUUCACAAGGAAACAGGAGAAGGUAUCUUCCAAAAUUUCCUCGUUCUGAUAACAAGUUGUUACCUCUUGCUGUGCUCCUGAUAAUUUUGAAAGUCAAGAAAUCGUAUUCCUGUGUAUCCUAUAAUUCUAUCUAGAACAGAGUGGGAGAGAAGCUUCUGGCAAUAGUUCCUCCGUGCCAGAUACGUGACCUGUUCAAUAUAGAGUGUAUGCAUAAGCAUAUUCAUUGGCAUUGUCUCAUUUAAUUAAAUUCUAUAUUCAAUUCUUUGAACAAAAGUCUCUUACUGUAUUUUAUACUUUCA